UUAGAUUAAUUACAGAGCAGACUACGAAUUUCAAUUUAAUUUAAUGUCAAAGUUUAACUACUUUGUCAACUGGACAAUUAAUAUUUUAAGCUUAAAAUAAGUGUUACUUUUAAUUAAAAUGGAUUUUCAAAAUCGCCCUGGCGGUAAAACUGGUGGAGGAGGUGUAGCGUCAUGGUCGGAAAGUAACAGAGACCGGCGGGAGAGAUUACGACAGCUUGCACUAGAAACAAUAGAUUUAAACAAAGAUCCAUAUUUUAUGAAAAAUCAUUUAGGGUCCUAUGAAUGUAAACUUUGUUUAACCCUGCAUAACAAUGAGGGAAGUUAUUUGGCUCACACGCAAGGGAAGAAGCAUCAAGCCAAUUUGGCACGUAGAGCUGCAAAGGAAGCCAAAGAAGCGCCUCAACAGCUUGCCCCGGAAAAACCUAGAAUUGAACCUAAGAAAUUUGUGAAGAUUGGUAGACCUGGUUACAGAGUAACAAAACAGAAAGAUCCUGAAACUGGACAGCAGAGCUUGCUCUUCCAAGUAGAUUAUCCAGAGAUUGCAGAGGGUGUUAUACCUAGACAUAGAUUUAUGUCUGCUUAUGAACAGAAGAUUGAGCCUCCAGACCGCAGAUGGCAGUAUUUGUUAUUUGCAGCAGAGCCUUAUGAAACUAUUGCAUUUAAAGUCCCUAGCAGAGAAGUUGAAAAGCAUGAUUCAAAAUUCUGGACUCAUUGGAACAAGGACACAAAGCAGUUCUUUUUGCAGUUUGCAUUUAAGAUGGAUCAGUUACGCAUGCCUCCCCCCCAUCCCAAAAUGUGGGAGGGUCAUAGCAUGAGGUUGCCUCCACCUCCUGGAGCACCGAUGUUGGGAGUACCACCGCCACCACCAUUAUUACCAGUGCCCCCACCACCACCCUCUAUGUAAUUAGUUGAUAUUUUUCCAAUAAAGUUUUUGACAUACAUUUAA